GGGAUCCGGUUUCCUCUUGAUGUCACUCUUAUCCUUGUCGAGCUGUUGGUUCCACAGACACGUACACGCACACGCCUACGCCUGACCCGUCACAUCACAUAGAGCCUUGACGAAUGGAUCAACCACACCAACACAGCCCGAUCUGAUCCGAUAAAUGCAACGCAACACUUACGCCAGCAGCGAAAAACAUCGACGGUCGACUCACGCACACACAACCACCCACCCACCCACACAGACCCACAGAAACCUCACACCACUACCCUGCCCUGCCCCUCUCCCUCUCUCAGCCAUACCGAGAUCCCUCUCUUAAAACAGACAAAUACACGUCGAAGAUGCAGGACAUAAUGAAUUGUGACGUUCUCCUGAAGUCGUGAGCACAGCCUAUUACAGCUUAUGCACAGGCAGUCGCCAGCACCGAAGCAGCAGACGACGAAGCACCGAAUCACCGAACCAGCCCCACCUCCCCCGGCCUGCUGUGUCGCAUCCGACUCCCAGAUUCUUCACGAGACGUCAGAAGCCAGGCUCUUCAAAGUCACCCACCAUUGUCAUCGUCGCCACCUCGAGCAGGCCCCGGCGAUAGGCAUAGUGGCUAAGUAGUUGGCAUCCUCCCUCGGUUGCUGGCCCUUGGGUCAGGCUCGUCAAAACCACCACCGUCGUCAUCCACCGGCCCUGGAGCAGCCUGAUCACAAUCAGGAUGGUCCGGCUGCUCAUCACAGUUGACAGGUGGGGUUGUUGUUGUGGGCUCUGGCGUGGUGGGCUCUGGCUCGUCGAACUCGUCAAACCCAGGCCCCGCGUCGAUAGGCCCGUCGUCGAUAUCGGUGUUGUCGACCUUUCUGGCAGUGGGGUCAGGGAAGAGAGCUGAACGGUAGCCGUCGUCUGAUGCACCUUGCCAGUGUAGCUGCCCCAGGAACUCCUGCAGGCGCUGUACGAUACCUGCCAGCUCGUGUUUGUCCGCCGGGGUCACUUGCUGCUCGCAGAGCACCCCAUUGAAGACCAGCAAGAGAGGAAUGACGAGGAAAGGAGUCAUCU